GGUCGCUGUAGCUUACAGCUUAGGGUAUAUGAACUGUGGAUCUACUGCUUAAUCCCACUACUAGGCGGGUAAACAUACUCGAUCGCCUCCUUAGAAUCAGUCCAAGGUAUACGAAGUGCUGAGCUCAUACGUAGCAAUUUUCAGCUCUGUUUAAUCAUUCAAAUAUUACAAACUGUAUAUAUUGCACAUACGGCGCUCACUAGAUGGUAUCUCCGAGUCAUUUCCACGAAUAUGUUUGGCAACUUGUGUCUAUCCUCUGAAGACCGCAUCGAGAUUCACCCUAUUAUCACGUGAGACUGUAUACAAUUAUUCUGCGUGGAAAUCCCACAAUCUUAAGCGUGUGCUGCCUAUAUUUAUUUAAGUAGACAUAAAACAGAUGGUUUUAGACACCAUGGUGCGCGGCGAAGACAGAGAUGAUAACGAUGAAAGAGUGCUGGAGACCGAUCCAAAAGGGAGGUUCCAGAAAACCGAUCAAUUAUUGGGACAAGGCGCCUUUAAAUGGGUUUAUAAGGGCUACGAUACGGAUGAAGCCCGCGAAGUUGCUUGGAAUGAGUUGAAGACUAUAGCUGUAUCUAAACGCGACCGGAUCAAGUUUCAAGAGGAAGUGAAUCUAUUACGAGAAUUCAGACACCCCAAUCUACUGAUCUUCUAUGACUGGUGGGUGGCUGAUAGUGAGAGCAAGGUGAAGUGUAAUGGGAAGAAGGUGUCAAAGUUCGUAUUUAUAACCGAACUUAUGACCUCCGGAACACUGAAGCAGUAUGUAAGAAAAGUCAAUUCAAUAAGGCCACAGGCGAUACAGAACUGGUGCAGACAGAUACUCAAUGGACUCAACUAUCUGCACAAGAACAAUAUAAUUCAUAGAGAUCUGAAGUGCGAUAACGUAUUCAUCAACGGAGCUAACAAUAUAAUUAAGGUAUGA